AUGCUGGCUUCAGUACAAAACUGGAAUAUGCGCCGCAAAGCCGCCGCGGCUCUCGCCAACCUGCCCAGCCGAGACAAGGUGGUUCUCUUUGCCAACAAUCGAUCUCCCGAGAACGCUGUGGAGCUGCAAAGCGCCGAGUACAUGUCCAUGGCGUACUUCUCGGGGCACGACCCUGUACUUUUCCGACGUGAGACCGACGAGACCUUGGUGUGGAGCUGGAAAGUCCGCACAAGCAUCACGGAGACGAACGGCCACUGGUAUCUGAGUUUUACAACCUCGGCCCGUAGAUCGUCUGCGAGUCUUCUCCAGUCCUCAGAUGUUCAAAUCGAAGUUCCCAGGCAUUUCCCACUGGAGGCCUGUGACGUACGACUCGUGCGUGACUGGCUGCAGCAGCACGAGAUCUUUGGUUUAGAGUGA